CCCUGUGUCUAGGUCGUUUGGGAAGCGCCUUGGAGAGUCAAGAAUAAGACUCCAGGUCAAACAAUGGAUGACUGGAAAAGUCGGCUUGUAAUCAAGAGCAUGCUUCCCCAUUUCACCACGGUGGGAAAUCGUCAGGAGCCCAGAAAGCUCCACGAAUCGCCACAGGGAACCAUUAAGAGGAGACAGGAAGGAGACGACUUCCAAUUUCCAGGCAUGGGUGAUGGAGGUUACCCUAAUAAAAUUAAGAGGCCCUGCCUUGAAGAUGUCACCCUCCCUAUGGGCCCAGGUGCCCAUCCCAGUACCCUCUGUGCUGAGUUGCAGGUCCCUGCUUUAACAAUGACUCCUAGCUCUGCACCAAUGGGAGCUGGCCAGUCCUUACUACUUGAGCACAAUCCCAUGAAUGGCGGCAUGACAGGCUCCCCCUUUGGGGUGCAACCAACUACAGAAAUGGGGCUGAAAGGGACUAGCGUUCCUUACUACGAGAAAAUCAACAGUGUGCCGGCUGUAGACCAGGAGCUUCAAGACCUGCUGGAGGAGCUAACCAAAAUUCAGGAACCUUCUCUGAAUGAUCUAGAUCUGGAAAAGAUCCUGGGGAGCAAGCCUGAAGAGCCGCUGGUCUUACACCACACCCAGACACCCGUAGAGACACCGCCUAAGCUUCCGGUUCCGAUGCCACAAUUAGAGGGCCUUGAUUCCAGCAAGGAGUAUGCUUCUAGCUGCAGCCAAGUGACCGGUGUGUCACUGCCAAUCCUGCCCUCCUCCACAGGGGUCAGCUAUUCGAUUCCUUCUACCAGUAAGCAGAUGGCAACACCCAGUUCCUCGACAGCACAGGCGAAGAACCAGGCCAUGCUCCCUGUCACUUUGCCCCCAUUACCGGUGCCUCAGUGGCAUCAUGCCCACCAGCUGAAAGCAUUGGCAGCCAGCAAGCAAGGAUCUGCUACCAAGCAGCAGGGCCCCAGCCCCACUUGGUCUGGCCUGCCCCCUCCAGGCCUCUCCCCACCUUACCGCCCAGUGCCAUCACCGCACCCACCACCGCCGCCACCGCCACCGCCUUUCAGCCCUCAGAGCUUUAUGGUAUCCUGCAUGUCAUCCAGCAGCUCGUCGAGUAGCACUUUGCAAGCCUCACCCAAUGCCUUACUCUCCAGUAUGGCGUCUGGCGGCAAUGCCACCCUUGGGCCCACCUUGCCCUACACUCCAGAGAAGCUCCCCAGCCCAGCUCUCAACCAGCAGCCACAGUUCAGCCCCCAGAGCUCCAUUCUUGCCAACCUGGUGUCCUCUACCAUCAAAAGCCCCCAAGGGCACCUGAUGUCCGCUCUGCCCACCAGCAACCCAGGGCCGUCCCCGCCCUAUUGCCCAGAGAAGCUGUCCAGCCCGGGCUUACCGCAGCAGUCCUUCACGCCCCAGUACUCCCUCAUCCGGAGCCUCACUCCCACCAGUAGUCUGCUGAGCCAGCAGCAGCAGCAGCAGCAGCAGCAGCAGCAGCAGCAGCAGCAAGCAAAUGCCAUCUUUAAGCCCAUGACCAGCAACUCAUCCAAAACCCUGAGCAUGCUCAUGCACCAGGGGCUAGCCAGCUCCAGCCCUGAAGCCCCUGAGCCAUUUACCUUUGCCAACACCAAGCCCUUGUCCCAUUUUGUUUCUGAGCCGGCCCCCCAGAAGAUGCCCUCCAUGCCUGCCACCUCUAGGCAGGCUUCCCUGCUUCACUACCUGCAGCAGCCGAUACCGGCGCAGGCCUCGUCUGCCACUGCCUCCUCCACUGCCACCGCCACCUUGCAGCUGCAACCGCAGCCGCAGCAGCAGCAGCCUGAGCAUUCGUUCCUCUUGCAGCAGAUGAUGCAGCAACCCCAGCGCUUUCAGCGACCAGUGGCCUCUGAGUCCAUGCCCACUCUGCCCAGACAGCAAGAGAAACAGAAAUCAGGUCUUAUGGCAAUGACCCCUAAACAGCAAAGUGCGUAUGUGGCCCUGCAGAUGAGUCAAUUUCAAGCCGUCCAAGAACAAGUCACCUCCAAGUGUAGCCAGCCCAAGGCAAGCCCCUCCUCCAGCCAGCACAUGAUGCCGCCCAGACCUGGGUUCCGUCCGAACAGUCUGAACCCAGGAACAAUCCCACCCACCAGGCGCCAGAACUGCGCGGGCAUGGGCAUGAUCUCGCCAACUCCACGGAAGCAGCAGGGAACAUUCAGCACUGGCUCCCAGUUGCCCACGUCCUCUCGCCCCAGCCAGAACUCCCCGGGCAGUCUUGAUUCGGUCUGCCAGCACCCACAGAGUGCCAAGGCCACCCUCCCAGGAGUGCUCCUGCCCAGGUUCUGUCCCAGCCCACUGGGCAGCCAGCCCCUGAGUCCCCACCGGCUCAGACAGCCCAGUGUGCCAAAAAUGCCCACUGUGUUCAACAAUGCCGCAUGGGUGGCGGCGGCAGCCGUGACCACAGCAGUUUCAAGGGAACCAUCUCUGAGCCAAGUCGAUAACGGCAUUCAGCAGCAUUUCGAUAGCAACUCUGCGUUUGCCAAGGCACCCAUGAAAGCACCCCUGGUGGCCCGGGCGUUUCCAUCCCAGCAGGCAGUUGCACCCCCUGGGCACAUGACCCCAGGAGGUAGGCCUGGCCAAAAGGGGAGCAGCACUACCCCGGCCAACCCCAGCUUUAGCCUGCUGGGAAGCCAGAGCCUCCGGCAGAGCCCGCUGCGAGGCUCUGUGCCUGUGCUGAGCACCGAAUCCCUGCAGCAGGGCACAGCCGGCUUUGCCCCCAUGAGUCCCAUGCAUGGCAUUGAACCACCAACCUACGUGGCUACGGCCGCUGCCGCUGCCACCGCCUCAGCCAUGGCUGCCAGCCAACCCAUGGGUCCUCCCAGCAGAACGGGGGCCCCCUCUGAGCUGCCACCCAGCGACUUCUUGCCCCAGCAGCCGCUAAACGGUCCGAUUUCACCACCUGACUGCAGUGAGGUGGAUUUCAUUGAAGCACUCUUGAAAGGCUCCAAUGAGGGCCCGGAUGAAGGCUGGGUAUGCAACCUGAGGCUGAUCGAUGACAUUCUGGAACAGCAUGCUGCUGCCCAGAAUGCUGGCCAGCUCCCCCAGGGUGCCAGGGGGCUUUAAAUCAGAGCCAGGUACCCUAGAAUGCUCCAUGCUGAUGGCACUCUAAGGCAGGCCUGAAGCCUCAGCAAAUUCCCACACAGUCCCAGCCAGCCAGCCAUCCACACGCGCUUGGUCCUCAUUAGCAUCUGAGCGGUGUCGCCCUGGCCAUUCCCCUCUGACCUGAGACAAGAUGGAUGGAAAGCUGGUCAUUUUUCAAGCUACUUGUACAUAUUUGAAAAUUUUGUAAAUGGUUUUCCUAAACAUUAACGACAGAAGUAUUUAUACUUGGUUUUGUGACUUUGUAAAUAAAGUGACGGCUUUUGUUUCAGUAGAGUUGUGUUUAUUCUGCUUUGUUUUGUGUUUAUUCUACUUUGUUACCAAUAUGCAGGUUGUGCUGUCCACCCCAGUGAUACCUUGUGAAGCCAGGUGGCUGAGUCUCGCUGUGGUUGUGAUGCUAUCUAUGGUUUUGAUGCCCUGAGAAAUGUGGCUGUGACCAACGGGUGUUGUGCAAACUGACACAUGCCAAACGGAAAACCACUUGGUCAUCGAUUCCCAUUCUCACUCCAAGUCCUAUCGCCUGGUGUGACUCCUAAGCUCUUUUGCAAACCUUUGCCGCCUCUGCAAGCGAGCUCUUUCCUAAUGAGCAUUUGCAGCAGUAGCGACUUCUGGUUAGUGCACCCCGAGACACCGCCAAGAGGCUGAGGAUGCGUGUUAGACGUGGGAGAGGCGCAGGGACAGCGGGGAGCUGAGCAGUGUGUGUGAGCUGUCCCCUCCCUUUGUCACUCAGAGAAGAGCAAGCCCAAGGCAGGGGGAAGGUGCGCUGUCCUGCUUUCAGGUCUCUUGCAAGUCUUGAUGUAAGGCUCUGUGGUUUGGGGGAGUCUAUAAACAUUAACAGUUGAUUUGGAGUUUGUCUUUGAUGGUUUCUAUCUGCAAUUAUUGUCAUGUAUAUUUAAGUGUCUGUUAUAGAGAACCCACGCCCACUGUCCUGUAAACUUUUCUCGGUGUCCAGACUUUGUGUAAUCACAUUUUAAUUGCCACCUCGUAUUUUGCCUCAACAUUUGAAAUCUGGCAUCUGUUUCGAGCCAGUGCGUUUUUUUUUUUCGUUGUUCUGUUAAUAAACAGCCAGGAGAAAA